AUGCAGUUCAAACUCAGCACCAUUGUUGGCCUCCUUGCUGUUGCUUCUCCCGCCCUCGCCGUGGAUGCAGUCAGCAGGAUUGAUGGCUUCACCGUCUUAGCCAAGGACGUGCAAACAACCGCAAACUCCAUUGAACUCACAAACGCCCUCUCGAAAGCAUCUGAUACUAUCGAUCGCUUUUACUUGCUUCACAACGCUGAAAGAGUAGCAACGAAUGAUCUCGUCCGGAAGGGAGAAGCCUUGGCUGCCGACCAACAACAGGCCGCUUGUAACUCAUUCACCAACUACGCUUCCGCUGCCACUGAUAUGCUGAAUACGGUCAAAGAAAAGCAACUCGAUGUAGAGCUUGUUGGGAAAAGUUACCAGAUGGCUGCGCACCUCCGUGCCUUAAAGCAUAACAACGACGAAUUUGCCGACCUCCUUACCGACCUCCUCGCACCCAGCUGUGGAAGUAGCUUGGCCGACACCAUCAAAGACCUCGACAAGCUCCUUACUAGCACCAAAAAAGCUUACACCUACGGCUUGCCUUGA